GCAAGGUUUCUGGGCGCAGGUGUUUUAUUCCUGAAAAUGAUAUUCAGCAUGGCAGUCACUCCUGGAGAGGUGACCACUUCUCUCAUAAUUUUAGUGAUGGUUUUUGUUUUUGUAAGAGCAUUAAGGAGCAAAGGGAGAAAGCGGGUGUCUCCUCCUGGCCCAUGGUCCUUCCCCAUCAUAGGAAAUCUUCUUCAGCUUGGAGACCGUCCUUACCUUACAUUCAUGGAGAUGAGAAAGAAAUAUGGAGAUGUCUUUCUCAUCAAACUUGGCAUGGUGCCUGUCCUGGUGGUGAAUGGGAUAGAAAUGGUGAAACAAGUACUACUCAAGGACGGAGAGCAUUUUGCAGGCCGGCCUAACAUGCAUACAUUUUCUUUCCUGGCAAAAGGAAAGAGUCUUACAUUUUCGGUCAAUUAUGGAGAGAGUUGGAAGCUUCACAAGAAAAUUGCUUCCAAUGCUUUACGAACAUUUUCUAAAGCAGAAGCAAAAUCUUCCACCUGCUCUUGCUUACUUGAGGAACGUGUCAUAGAGGAAGUUUCUGAGCUGGUAAAAGUCUUUGCAGAGCUGACUUCCAAGAGUGGCAGCUUUGAACCCAGAAGUGCUAUUACAUGUGCGGUGGCCAACGUUGUCUGUGUCCUUUGCUUUGGCAAGAGAUAUGACCACAGUGAUGAGGAGUUUCUUAGAAUAGUUAAAACGAACGAUGACUUACUCAAGGCCUCCAGCGCUGCUAAUCCUGCCGAUUUCAUACCAUAUUUCCGCUACCUUCCGCUGCAAAUUGUAAACGCUCCCCGGGAGUUUUAUCAGGCCCUGAAUCAGUUUAUUGCUCUACAUGUCCAAGAUCAUCUUACAACAUAUGAUAAGGACAAUAUCCGAGAUAUCACUGAUGCUCUGAUCAAUACGUGCCACAACAAAUAUGCUGCUACCAAAACAGCCACCUUAAAUGAUGAUGAAAUCAUAAGCACUGUGAAUGACCUCUUUGGAGCUGGGUUUGAAACAAUAUCAACAUGUCUAUAUUGGAGUUUUCUCUAUUUGAUACACUAUCCAGAAAUUCAAGCCAAAAUUCAAGAAGAAAUUGAUGGAAACAUUGGGAUGAAAUCACCCAGGUUUGAAGACAGGAAAAUUUUACCCUACACAGAAGCUUUUAUAAAUGAAAUAUUCAGACAUGCCUCCUUUCUUCCUUUUACUAUUCCUCAUUGUACCACAGCAGACACCAUUCUGAAUGGUUAUUUCAUUCCCAGGAAAACAUGUACCUUUAUUAACAUGUAUCAAGUAAAUCAUGAUGAAACUGUUUGGGAUAAUCCCAAUUUAUUUAGACCUGAGAGAUUUCUAAAUGAACACAUGGAACUGAAUAGAAGUCUUGUUGAGAAAGUGUUGAUUUUUGGAAUGGGAAUCCGGAAGUGUCUCGGAGAAGAUGUUGCACGAAAUGAGAUAUUCAUUUUCAUUACCACAGUUCUGCAGCAGCUCAAGCUGAAGAAAUGCCCCGGAGCUGAGCUUGACCUGACACCCAUGUAUGGACUAGUCAUGAAGCCAAAACCAUACCGACUUCAAGCAGAGGCCCGCUCCACGAGAAGUUCCUGUUCAUAGAUUCUCAGACUGGGUGGAGGGCUUCUUUGUUUAAUUCAGAAAAAUCACGGGCUUCACAUUCAUUUAACAAGCAAUUUAAAAGUCAUACCCCUAAGCUGUGCUGUUCAGUUCAUUGUUAUGUCAUCCUAAUAUAAGAGUUGUUUUUUGAGUGGAUGGUAUAGCCCCAGUUCUAAUAGGAGAGAUCUUGUCUCAUGAGGAUAUUUUAAGAUAAUAAUGAAGUGUGAUGUAUUUCAGGGGUUUUAAACCAUGUGUCAGGUGAUGGUGUGCCAGGUGUCACUGUGUUACUGUGAGCAUGGGUGAAGGGGAUGAUGACUGGUGGGUGGAGCGAGCAGGCAGGGGAGUUCUGUCUUUCUUCCCUUUACGCCAGCUACAGUAGACAGGCGUACUGAUGUUUGUUUUAAGUGUUGGGUUCAGAAUAAGAGCAAGGUUCUGAUAGUAUAUAUAUUUUUUUCCACACGACUAGGAGCUAGGUACUCAAGAGGUCCAGAGAAGGGAGCUAGAGUUGUCCAGAGCAGCAGAGAACACUUCCUGGUGAUAAUAGAUGGGCUGCGCUAGAUCUGGAGAGAUGGGGAAAGGCACGUGAAGUGGGGGAGGUCCUUCAAAGUCCAUUUUUAUAUUGGCUCUUAUGUGUUCUGGAUUAGGAAUUGAACUUCAGGGCAAAUUAGUGUUUUUACGGUGUUACAAUUCCUUUUGAUACCUACUAGAUAUACAUGUGAAUUCGUUUGCAAGGGCUGCGGUAACACACCACUACAGUCUGGGUGGCUUUAACAAUGGGAACUUGUUUUCUCACGGGUCUGGAGGCAGGAAGUCUAAGAUCAAGGUGUCAGCAGGGCUGGUUCCUCCUGAAGCUUCUUUCCUGGGUCUGUAGAUGGGCUGUCCUCACAUGGCCUUUUCUCUAUGCCCACCCAUCCCUGUGUCUCUCCUUUUUCUUAUGACAACAGUUAUAUUCAAUUCAAGCCUCAUUCUCACAGCCUCCUUUUAGCUUAACUAUAUCUUUAAAGACCUUAUCUCCACGUACAGUUACAUUCUGUGGUACUGGGGGUUGGGAUUUCGACAUAUGAGCUUAGAGGGGAGAUAGAAUUCAGCUCAUAAUAACAUGAGGGAAAAAAAGGCAGCAAUUAAAAUUUUUUUCAGCCUAGUACCCAGCACCAAGUAUGUGCUUCUUUAAUUUAGCUUGUUAAUGAGCUAAGGCAUAUAAGGGACAAAAAAUGGACAGUGAAAAACUAAGAAUUUCAGACUGAAGUUUUGAGGGGAGUUGCAUUAUAAAGGGCUUGAAAUCCAGGCGGGAGAUGAGAGCAGGUCUGGGGUCUAAUUCAAAUGGAGAGAGCACUUAGGGAUAAUGACCUAAGACCAUCUAGAUAAUGACCGUCUUGACCAGGAUGUUGACAGACAUUGAGGAUUAAAGUCACCACUUCGUCUUUCUUUCCAAGUACAAAUAAUUUUAGCAUUAUCCCUGUGAAUAAACAAAUUGGAUUGCCUGUCCUUUUUUGUAAAAGCUUUUGAAAUUAUUCGUAUCAUCCACGUGACAGUGUGUCAAACUGAAACUAUCCUUACAUUUUUUUUCUGUAAGAAACUAUCAGGUCUUCUGUAUAGGCAAUAAUAAUGGGAAUGACAGGAACACUGUAGGAAUCUUGUUAUCUGUUUAUCUGGUAUUUUCUUUAAGGAAUUGUGUUUUUCUGAACUCUUGUUUUUGUUGGUUUUGUUUUUUAAGCAGUAAGCAAAUAUGAUUCCAUGCAUUUAUUUUAACACAUUGUAUUGUAAAAUGCUGAUUUUCACUUUGACUCUGCUCCUAAGACAUAAUUAGUGUACUA